CCUCUCUCGCGCUCUCUCUCUCUCUCUGGUCAGUCAAGUUGUUCACUCACUAACGGGAAUGACAGUGAACGCACCAUGGCUGCUCUCAGGAAUAACAAAACGAAAACAUGAAGCAUUAACUCAUGUUCUGGUUUCACAGACAUGGCUCUGUCCCAGGUCCAGUGCCUCGAUGAUAACCACGUGAACCCACGGACGCACGAGUCCAAGCCGGAGUUUCUGUACAGCGAGGACCAGCGGCUCGCGGUGGAGGCUCUGCUCUGUGAUGGACGCGAGGCGUUCUUUAAAUACCUCGAGGACCGCGGCCUGCGGGGCUUCCUGUCGGACCCGGAGCUGGAAACUCUGGCCGGGGCGGUGGAGCCCCGUGACCCUGACACGGAGCUCCUCCCGCAGAAUGCGGAGGAGGGGGUCUGCGAGUCCCGGCUAUCGCUUCAAUACUGGCCCGAUCUGUCGGACACAUCUGUGCCGCAGAUGGACCUGGGCUGGCCGGACACCAAAUCUUACCGCGGAGUGACGCGCGCUACUGUUUACACGCAACCGCCGCUGGAUGGCCAGGCGCACAUCAAAGAGAUUGUUAGAAGGACGAUUGCGCAGGCGCAGAAGGUGAUAGCCGUGGUGAUGGACGUCUUCACCGAUGUCGACAUCUUUAGAGAUUUACUCGAUGCUGGUUUCAAGAGGAAGGUUUCUGUUUACAUCCUGCUGGAACGUACAAGGCUACCUCAUUUCCUCUCCAUGUGUCAGAGGGCCAACAUGCAUGCUGGAUACCUCAAGCACCUUCGUGUCCGCUGCGCCGAAGGGGCAGAGUUCUGUUCUCGGUCAUGUGCCAAGGUCAAAGGGCAGCUGGGACACAGAUUCAUGUUCAUCGAUGGGGACAAAGCCGUGUCUGGGUCGUACAGUUUCACCUGGAUGGCAUCGCGACUGGACAGAAACCUCAUCACCGUGGUGACCGGCCAGGCAGUGGAUGGCUUCGACCAGCUGUUUCGCAUCCUUUACCUGACCUCCAGCUUCGUUGACCUCCGGCAGGUCACCACGGAGUCAGAACCUGAGCCAGAGCCCGCCCCACUGCCGGCUGCUGUUGCCCCUCCUUCUGCUGCUGAUGUCAGGAAACUGUAUAAUCCCAAAUAUGCACUAGUAGCUGCAGGAAAUCUGAUCACAUCUACUGCGAAAAACAGCACCAAAGAGCCCAAAGAUGACAAGAAUGCAGAUGUCCUGGAUGGCAAGAAGAUGAGGCGUGGUAAAGACACUAUACAGGAGGCUCCUCCCCUCCACCCUGGACUUAUCAAUUUAGAGAAGGCGUGUUUGAUCUCAUACCUGCCCACUUGGCCAGAGCCUGACCCCCCAAGUGAUGUAAUUGGGUUCAUUAAUAUCCGUGAUGCCAGCAAACCAAACCAGGUCCACCUGCAGAGAUCGGAAAUGUUUGAAACAAGCCAAGCAAUUAGGUUUAGCAGUCCAUUCAGCACGCCUAAGGAAGCACCGCUGGAGGUUGCCCAGCACAAACACGAGAACAUGAAUAAACCUCAAUCAACACAAAAUGAAACAAAAGCUGCGGAGCCUGUGGUGGACAGUAAUCAUCCAGUAGAACACAGUGCAGAGCCUAGUGGUGUGAAAACUAAAGAAGACGAUGCGCCUGAACAGAGUCUAGCCACAUCUGUGCAUAACCCAGAACCUGCAAAAGACACAAGUAAGACUCUCAACACAGAGAAUGAACUGCAUUUAAACACAACCACCAAACAAAAUCCAAACGGCCAAAACAGCACUACAUCCCAUGUCUGUGAACAUUCACUGUCUCAGUCCAGCAGCAACUCAUCCACCCCUAGUGCUAGUAGUAGUUCACACACCACACCAACAGUCACUACAAGCAGUCCAAAGCUGCUAUCCCCCUCAGGAUCCAUCCCUGAAAAAGAGACAGAAACUAGUUUAAACACACGGAGUUCAGAGUCACACACACAAACAGAGACAGAGGUGACACAGAUAGAUUCACGCACACGGGCUCUUCCCAUGCGGCCACACAGUUCCCCCGAAAUGACUCUUAACAUCCAGACUGUCCACAGCCACAUGCACACCUCCUCCGCUUCUCCCGUGCAACCUCAGUCCGUCAGUCCCCCCUCCCUCUCUGAAAAAGACAGCACAGAGCUCUCAAGGACAGAUAUCAGUGAUGGCACUUCUGUGCCCUCCAUCAGCUGCUCCACCCCUGUCCCGCCUCUUAUCUCUUCUACAACUCUAGAUCCUCCCGUCCCUGCAUCCUCCGCCGCCUCAACUUUGACUAUGAUUGCUCCCAUCCCCAAACCCCGCACUGUCCAGCUGGUUAUCAGAAACGAUGGAGCCAGUGAAGGCCAGAAGCUGCCAGAGGUCAGUGUCGUCAGGAGACCUGAGAGCCGAGACAGCACAGUGCCACUCGUGGUCCGCAGGGAAACAGAUGCAGUAAAUGUGCUGCAGACACACCCGGAAAAAGAGCCAGAGACUCUCGCACAAGUGCAGGUGAGCGCUGAGGUCAAACCAGGAGCCCUAAAGGACACAGCAAGCGCAGGAAACCCUAAAGGAACAACACAUCCACAUCAGAAUGUGACUUCCCAAGAGACAAAGGAUGAUGAAAGAGUGAAUACAGCUGUGCCACUGUCACCUGCUGCUCCCAAACCACAGGGGCAGUCAGAUGUUUUGACUGUUGAUGCACCAAAGGCACAUAGUGAGAAUAAUCAAGAAGUAAUUACAAAAGGAGAAGUUAAAAACAACAGUUUAAUGUCAUCAGACUUCAAAACACCCUCAAAGACAGACAUGGAUAGUGUAGCCACAGUACAGACAGGCGCCAAGGCCUUAGAUAAAACCCUACUAGGCUGUGGGUUCACAAAGGAGCCAAAUGAAAACAGUGAAGCUGUGAUGAGACGCAAAACAUACCUUGCCAGAGCUCAUGAGCCUCAGAUAAUAUCAUAUUGCGAAGUCAAUUCACCUGUGGACAUCUCUGCCAGGACUAAUCCACGCACGUCCAACGACAGUGGCAGUCACGCAGACGACGAGCCAAAUGUAGAGGAACAUAACAGACAUGACGGUGUUGCCACUCAAGGAUCUCAAAAGAUUCCCAAAGCACAGGGACGCUCAUACACUCCUGAAAGGCCCCGGCGCUUGAAUCUUGUCAACACACACAUGUCAGAGCUGCAUUCCCCGACCACUGAGAAACCUCCACAGCCGCCCUCUCCUCUGGUUCGCACUCCAACACCUGAUGAUUUCAUUCCACGCACGCCUACGUCAGGCUCGCGCUCGCACACGCCGGAUCCACGGAAUCAUACUCUAGACUUUCGAACACCCACGUCAGACAUGAGCGACGGGUACGUCUCGCCGAGGGAAGGCUCCACUCUAUCUACCACCUCGGAGGAGUAUUACGAAUGCAUCGACUCGCCGACCCAUGACCCUGUAUUUCACCAAAUUGAUUAUCUUUUCCACGGGACGACAGUGGACUGCGAUUGCUUCGUAUGCACGAAUGCGAGUCCACUACACAUAAACGAUAACUCUCAUGCUAGUGAAGCGAGGAAGAGUUUGUCCUCUUCCUCGCAGGAGAAACUGGAAAUGGGGUCGACGGAGAUGAAAGCAAAGAGACAAGAGGAUGCAAAGGGGAUUGUGGCAGAUCUUACCCAGGAGAUAGAGAGGAUAGGCGGCAAUGACAGGAAGACAUUAACAGAUCACUUUAUAGAAGCCAAAGAUUUGACAGAGAUAUCUGGAAACAACAACAAUACCCAACCCCAAGUUGCUAAAGGAAAACAGUCGGCAGCACCCAGAGUGGACGGAGGAGUGAGCCCAAGAGAAAUAAUGAAUAAGGCAUCAAAUGCGAAGAGAACAUUAGCUGGUGACCUAAUGCCUGAGAAGUGUUCCACUGACCGAGGGAAACCAGACAAAGAGAAGUUAGUGGAUGAGGCAGCAGUAAGACCAAGUAGCGUGGAGAGGAGAGUCCAGUCAUCCAGAGAUACUCAAGGACAGAAGUCUCCGGCAGGACAGCUGCACGCCUCUGCGUCGAGGUCUCCUCGCAGACCGCCCUCCAGCAGGGAAAGCGUUGUUUCUCAACAGGCUCCCGUGGCGAACAACAGGUCCAAAAUGAGACAUUUGCAGAAUCAGCAGUCUUCCCCAAAUGCCCAGGCCUCUGUUCCACGCACACGCUCAAACGCAGAGUCGCAGCUCUGUCGCCGUUCUCCACUCCAGGAGGCACCUCCUCAGGAAGAGGGAAAGUCUCCAUUUGCCUUCACUUUAAGCAAACUGUACAACCUCAAAGGCCUGAAGAGCAAGGUAAGCCACCCACAGAGCAGGAAGCACAGCAGCAGCUCUCCAGCAAAAUGAACAUAACGAGCUAUAUGUCUUCUUACAAAGAAAUAAACAUCACGCCUGGUGUACUUUACUGUAUAUGGUACUGUAACAUAAUAAGUGAGAGAUGGUUAAAAUAAGAAAAUGUGCAAUAUGGAAAUCAUUUGUCCUCUCAGGACAGCUCUGCAUCACCUUGCUUUUGAACUACGACCCUCUGCUUUGGUAUUGUAUGGUGGAGGACACAGUUUAAUGGGACAACGUGUAAGUAUCAUGUACCAAAUGUCAAAUUCAUACCCGAAAACACCAGAAAUCUUUGCAUCAGCCUGUAUUUUUUCCUGUGCCUUAAAUCUCUUUAUGGUCCAUUUACGGACAAAAAAGUGUCUUCCAUGCAUAUUUUACGUUUGCAAUUCGUCCAAGUCCGAAUUAACAGUGUCAACAGUCAAGAGUGUCAACAACAACAACAACAACAACAAACAUAGUAGUGGUGAAGGAGGCUGACAGUGUGCUAUACCUCAAACUGCAAACAAUGAGCUGGUUUGUCGUCGUCUUUUCUGUCUCUGUUGAAGUAUUGGCUACACUGCCCUGCCAUGAUGUCUGCUAAUAAUGCUUCUUUUGUCUAAUGUCGUUUCCUGUAUCACUAAACUUUAAGGAGAUUAAAAAUGCAGCCAAAAUGAAAGUAGAGUACUGAAAGGAAGUUCUGUCCGUUUCCAUUUAUGAAUCAUGUGUCUAACAUGAAGCUUAAAUGAGCUUGUAUUCAGUUCUGUUUAUUGCCAGGACUCAAGGUCCAAAUAAUUAAAACAACAGACACAAAUUCAAGAUAAGUGUCUUCCAGUGUGGUGUUACAGGUAUUUCCUUUUCCUCCAAGCAUUUUAACAUUUUGUCAGCGAACAAAUACUGCACGCAAUUCAUAAAUGUUCAAAGGGUUAACAUGACAAUACAAUGAAUACAACUUAUAACUGGUUGCGUAGUAGUGUUUACAUGGGUUGAAUUGGAGUCUUUGCCCCCUAUUUAUAUUAAAAACAAGUCAUUUUCCCUCUUCUGUGCAUCUGUAAAUGCUGUAAAAUUGACUGUUAACUGCAACAUUGUUGUUUCUCAUGGUCAGACUAUCUAAUGGUCAUCCAUUGUGUGCUGCACAUUAAAAGAGUAAAGGACUCAGGUUAUUCAUUUAUUCUUUGCACAAAACUCAUAUCUACACUCAAAAGGAAAUGCUUUUUGCCUGACAGUAAUAAGUGCCCUUUAUUUUCCCUCCAGGAAAAGCUCAGAGUUACCUUUUUCAGAUUGACAUGUCGUCGUCAACAGAGAGUAAAAACAAGUGACUUGCAAAGGGAAAGAUUAGAGAAACAGUAAUUUUUGUAAUGGGGGGAGACAAACAAUUGAUUUGUACAAUUACUUUAUGUUUGUGGGUUUGUUUGUUUUUCUAUUUUUUGUGCAAAAAUGUAAUAUUUUUGCACAAAAUAUUGAUUGUGGAUCAUGAAUAACGGCAGGCUGGGUUGCAUUCUGGCUCAUGUAUGUAGUACUUACACCCUGGUAUCAUGAAAAACCUCAAGCAGAAGACAAAGACUAAUUAUUUGUGUCAGUCCCAGGAAGAUCUGAGGUGCUUCAUCUUUCACAGCACGUCGCAAUUCUGCAAAUAUCACACACACACACUCACACACAGUUGUGAGUUGGCACCAUAUUUCCAGAAGUAAACAGUGCAGUGAAAAGGAUCCCAUUAUAGAUUCUCAUAUCAGAUGUUUCAUUUAAACUAUGAGGGAAGGUUCAUGUGAGUCUGAGGUGUAGAUUUGUAGAAAA